UGUGACUCAGACUGGCAAGCAAGUAUCCCUGCUGUUCAGAGUGGGCAGAAAACUAUAAAAGAGAGGUCGGUCCAUUCUAUUCACCGAGAGCAAAAGUUUCUUUUCCAUUGCAUCAUUUUUUGAUCAUUUUUUUUUUUUUUUUAUAGUUUUUCGCCGAUCAACAAGCGGAACAAACCUCUCUGUGCAAGCCCACUCCAAUUGUCCCAAGAACAACUAAAUCAACUCCCCAUGAUGUCCGCCGCAAGAGACAUAAGAGCUCCCCCGGAGGGACACGUUCGUCGUGUUUCCCGCAGCUUCAGCUUUUCCACCUCCCCCUCCGCAGUGUUCUACUCCUCACCAUCCAGUCAUCCCACCGCGCAAGCCACAAGCACCGCAGCCCUCAAGCCAUUGAAACCCUUUGCGACUGAGGAUAUCAAAAUUUUGCUUCUGGAAAAUGUAAACCAGACCGGAAGGGAUAUUCUGCGAGAACAGGGCUACCAGGUCGAGCACCUGAAGUCUUCGUUACCGGAGGAUGAGCUGAUUGAAAAGAUUCGGGAUGUGCACGUCAUUGGCAUACGGUCCAAGACCAAGCUAACGGAGCGGGUACUCAAAGAGGCGCGCAACCUCAUCGCCAUCGGCUGCUUCUGCAUCGGCACGAACCAGGUCGACCUCCAGUAUGCCGCGACGCAUGGCAUGGCAGUUUUCAACUCACCCUUCAGCAACUCGCGCAGCGUGGCGGAGUUGGUGAUUGGCGAGAUCAUUUCGCUGGCUCGACAGCUGUGUGACCGCUCGAGCGAGAUGCAUAAUGGGAUGUGGAAUAAGGUGAGCAAUAAGUGCUGGGAGGUGCGCGGGAAGACGCUUGGCAUCGUCGGAUAUGGUCAUAUUGGCUCUCAAUUGUCCGUCCUCGCAGACGCGAUGGGUAUGAACGUGAUAUACUACGACGUUGUCAAUCUGAUGGCAAUGGGAACAGCACGACAAGUGCCGACCUUACAAGCCCUGCUCAGGGAGGCAGACUUCGUAACGCUACACGUACCCGAGCUACCGGAGACGAAGAACAUGAUCAGCGCAGAACAAUUCAGCCAGAUGAAAUACGGAAGCUACCUCAUCAACGCCAGCCGCGGGAGCGUCGUCGACAUCCCCGCUCUAAUACAGGCGAUGCGCGAGGGCAAAAUCGCCGGCGCGGCGCUGGAUGUCUACCCCAACGAACCCGCGGGCAAUGGGGACUAUUUCAACAAUGACCUUAACAAGUGGGGUACGGAUUUGAGGGGCUUGAAGAACCUGAUCCUCACGCCUCAUAUUGGCGGGAGUACCGAGGAGGCGCAGAGCGCGAUUGGCAUUGAAGUUGCUGAGGCCCUGGUGCGCUAUGUAAAUGAAGGUGUGACUCUGGGGGCUGUCAAUAUGCCCGAGGUGAAACUGCGGUCCUUGACGAUGGACGAGCCUGACCAUGGCCGGGUCAUUUUCAUUCAUCAAAAUAUCCCCGGUGUACUGCGGGAAGUAAACGAAAUCCUAAGCGACCACAACGUAGAUAAACAAAUGACAGAUAGUCGCGGUGAUGUCGCAUAUCUGAUGGCCGACAUCAGCGACGUCCAUACCAGCGAUAUCAAGGAACUUUAUAAAAGGCUCGAGGGCUUACCCUCUCGAAUUAUGACCCGAAUCUUAUAUUAAGUGCACCACCCUGAUUUUACCUAACUACCUAACUUCCUACCUACCUACCUACCUACCUACUCAACGACAUUUAGGCACAGGCUGUGUUUGUGUAUCGACCAGCCAGCAGACUCACCACUAGAUAUACGAUUUUAUAUUUCUUCAUCACGUACGUCUCUCAACAGACAAAAAACUCUUUGCCCCAUUUUUUGGCGUUGGUAUCGGGACGGUUGUAUUGUUUCAAAAGUGAAGGCUCUGGAAACAAUUUUCAAAGAUGACGGGAUACGAAGAUUUACCUGUCUGUCAUUGGGAUAGGGCCGGGUAAUUUACAUGUUUCCAUCUGUUCUCUGUCCACCAUGAAUGUCUGAUCAAUGAUAUUUCCGAAUCACUCGUUCGUUAGAAGUAAUAAUAUAUAUGCAUAUUUCCCUACCUCAUGCAUUAUAAACAAAAGUAAUAAUAAGUCAUUGACUACGGAGUCCUUCGAA